ACAAAACUUCAGUUCUUCUUUGUAAGAAAUUCAAUUGAUUUUGAACUGCUUGAAUUCAAAUAUUUUUAUUAUAUAACACUCAUUUCAUUCUUAACAAUUAUGCUCAAGCCAACUAAUAGAUAACCUUUGUAUCAUCAAUCGUCUUAGAUGUGGUGUACUGUCCUCGGCGUACCUGCGCUGCAGCCGUCAUUCUGGAUAAGUCCAGCAGGGCGGCGAUGUGCUCAGUUUGCGGCUUUGCCUUCUGUGUCGCCUGCAAAAAGACCUAUCAUGGAACUAAGGACUGUCAGGAGCAGAGGAUCAUAAAGAAAGAGAUAAGAGAAGAACACUCGCACCUUAAAGCAGCCCUGCCACAGACACAAGAGGGGAUCAAGGCCUUGUGGAACGACUAUGAGAGUGGCAGUAAGGAGAGGAAGCGGCUCCUGGAGAGCAGGUACGGCCGCAGUGGUUUGCUUGACACUGUGGCUGAAUAUCUGAGUGAAGACUGGAUCACUUUCAACAGCAAACACUGUCCACACUGCUUCUGCAGGAUAGAGAAAAACGGUGGUUGUAACAUGAUGAUUUGCACAAAGUGCAGACAGAGGUUCUGCUGGGCCUGCCUCACCAGACUGCAGACAGGUGCAUUCGAACAUCCAUGCGAGCCACAACCUUAUGGAUACUCAUGACUAAAUAUAGACCUUCUGCUAUGUUUUCCACCAGCCACAAACAGAAUGGUGUUUGCAAAAUGUGCACUUGUUAUGCAUGGUACGGUGCAGACAGAGGUUCUGCUGGGCCUGCCUCACCAGACCACCAACAUGUGGUGCACGUUCAUACUUCAGUCAGUUCUCUGCUACUUUUCUACCAGCCUCAAAGGGAAUGGUUUCUUUAAAAUGUGCAAUGUGUAAUGCUUAUUUCAAACCUGUUAGACUUUGAAUUGCGCUUUUAUCAAACUCUCUACAACAGCAGGUUCUGAUAAAGUAUGUAAUUAAAAAAAAGACAAAACACAUCUCAACACUAAACACACA